CCGAGCAGUGACGAUCCAUCGUGCUGUUCGUGUGUCAGUUUUCGUCGAUAAACGUGUGCCCCCCGGCUGCACGCACCGCGUUUCUCUCGGCGAACUCGCGAGGAGUUCGCGUUUUCAUCGUGGAUUUGAAUCGCGUAACAACGUACCCGCCUCAAGAUGAUGAAAUUCAAGCAACAGGGGCUAGUCGCGGACUUGAUGCCCAACAUAAGACUGAUGAAAGCUACUGGGCACUUCUUGUUCAAUUAUUAUACCGACAAUUCUACGAAAAAUAUACACAGAAUCUUCGCUAUUGUGCACCUGGUCCUGAUGCUGAUGCAGUUUGGGUUCUGUGGUAUAAACUUAUUCUUUGAGAAGGAGGACGUGGACGAUCUUACGGCAAACACAAUCACGAUGCUGUUCUUCACGCACAGCGUGAUCAAGGUCGUUUACUUCGCAGUUAGGAGCAAACUAUUCUAUAGAACCCUUGGCAUUUGGAACAAUCCGAAUAGCCAUCCCCUGUUCGCCGAGAGCAACGCACGUUACCAUCAGGUAGCCGUGAGGAAGAUGAGAAUACUCUUGCUGGCUGUCCUAGCAACCACGAUGCUGUCGGCCAUUUCUUGGACCAGCAUUACGUUCAUCGGUGACUCCGUGAAGAAAGUUAUCGAUCCUAUCACGAAUGAGACCACCUACGUCGAGAUACCAAGAUUGAUGUUGCGUUCUUGGUACCCGUACAAUGCCAGCCACGGGAUGGCUCACAUCUUGACGUUGAUAUUCCAAUUUUACUGGCUGGUGUUUUGCAUGGCAGACGCAAAUCUUCUGGAUGUACUCUUUUGCUCGUGGCUCCUCUUUGCUUGCGAACAAAUUCAACAUCUGAAGAACAUUAUGAAGCCUUUGAUGGAAUUCAGUGCCACGCUGGACACUGUCGUGCCAAACAGCGGAGAACUGUUUAAAUCUGGCAGUGCAGAACAGCCGAGAGAUCAUGACCCACUACCACCAACCACGCCAACAGCACCGGGCGAGAAUAUGUUAGACAUGGAUCUUCGGGGAAUAUACAGCAACAGAACAGAUUUUACGGCCACCUUUCGACCAACUGCUGGAAUGACUUUCAACGGGGGUGUGGGACCAAAUGGAUUGACAAAGAAACAAGAAAUGCUAGUCCGCAGUGCCAUCAAAUACUGGGUUGAGAGGCACAAACAUAUUGUAAGACUCGUAACCGCAAUUGGAGACGCUUAUGGUGUUGCUCUGCUGUUACAUAUGUUAAUUACCACCAUCACAUUAACUUUACUUGCCUACCAGGCAACAAAGAUAAAUGCAGUGGAUACAUACGCAGCUUCGGUAAUAGGUUACUUGUUAUACUCCCUAGGGCAGGUCUUCAUGCUGUGCAUAUUUGGAAACCGUCUCAUCGAAGAGAGUUCAUCAGUGAUGGAAGCCGCUUACUCUUGUCAUUGGUACGAUGGAUCAGAAGAGGCCAAAACUUUCGUGCAAAUCGUCUGCCAGCAGUGCCAAAAAGCGAUGUCGAUUUCAGGGGCGAAGUUCUUCACCGUCUCUUUGGAUCUCUUUGCCUCGGUGCUGGGAGCUAUGGUCACCUACUUCAUGGUGUUGGUGCAACUGAAGUGAACGCACGAGAUUAUCUAUUUUAUGAUGGAACGUAGAAACUGGAAUGUUGGAGAAAAUGGAUUAUUAAAAUUAUCAGGCAAGA